GUUUUAUAUGCAUGGCCAGUUGAGUCGAUAACUGCACAAGAAAGUACAGAAGCCAAGAGUGAAGAACCGGGAAAAGAUGGAGGCCAAAGUUAUCCUUAGUUUUGCAGUUUUGUCGGUCUUUGCAACACAAUAUGGAAGCGCCAGAGACUGUCGAUUUUGCAUGUUCCUCCACAUGCGGUACAGCGGUAUGCCUCAAAUUGAGGGCAUGAACUGGGACAGCAUCCUUCCUUCAUCUGUGCCAGGGAUGAACGAUACAGCUUGCUAUGAUGGCACCAGUACUGAAACGAUGCCUUGCGGGGAUAACCCUUGCACACUGACAGACAUGCAAGUGGAUAUUUCUGCCUCCAUGCCGAUUAGCCAGGAUCAAACAGUCAGUUAUUCGAUGACCAUGACAAUGGUGAUGCGCAUGUGCGGACAGGCUGGAAGUACAGGGUGCACCCCUAUCACCAUGGACACCCCAGUUGGACCGCCCCAGCCACCAAACAACGAACGGCAGACGCUCAGAGAGCAGAUAUCCCAGCUGGUGCAAAAUGCGAACAUGUCCAUCACCCCCACGAUCUCGGGACAGCAAUGCGCUUGCGCUAGCGGUGACAGUUGCAAUUCGGCAGCAUCCACUAUGUCUCUGGUCGCCGCUGCUUCCACCAGCGCAGCACCAGAGCCCACCAAGGACGGACCUAGUAAUGACGGACAAGUCCUUCACUUCAGCGCCAUCUACAGUUUCUUUUGCAUCGCCAUCUUUGCUGUUCUUUUAAAUUAAAGACAAGUUAGCCGUAGGCCUAUUGAUAAAUUCGUAGGGAUACAUGUUGCUAUCUUUUUAUUUAACCCCCCCCCAACAGUAACAAACAUUUCAAUGUGAAUGUUAACGUAAAUAGAUUAAUACAUUUGUUAAGUGAGAAAUUCAACUAUACAUAAUUUAGAGUAAUUUCAUAUUGCGUUACCCGCUUUUCAGAGAUCUAAUCCAUAUAGAUUCACACUGACAGGUUCAUUGAUCUUCAUUUUUAACAACCAUUAUUAGUGAUCAUGCUUUGUAAUCGGAGUUUAAUUACAGCUGUGAACAUAAAUUGGAUUUAUCAGUAGGGGCUUACAUAGUGCAGGUACAUGAUUAGUUGCUUACAUUAGGCCUACAUACCAGUGUGUAGGCCUUACUACAUGAAGUAGGGCCUACCUUUGUAACAAAUAAUUGAAAGAAACGUUCUGAUUUUUUUGGUUGGGUGAGAUUUCAUUAAAUAGGAAGCUUCUUCCUCUCUUUCGAGUCCUUCCAAUUAAUGGAAUUAUUAAUGGGGAUUUUACCUCGGCCGAUCCUUAGCGUUCCCUUUACACCUGUAUUCUUGGAGUUUGAUUUUGCAUCUUUAGUAGUGCUGAUCUCUUUGCAAUUAAAAAUAUUUGAUGGAAUGUAGUCUUAGACGAAGCUAUUAUUUUAGUGAUAAGUGAUACGCAGUCAUUUUGGACUGAAUCUUUAUGUACGUGCAUUUUUGUCCUAUUAGUUAGAGCAGUAUUCAGAUGAAAAGGUUCUUUGCAGUUUAUAUAAAAGUUACAAGCAGGGAGUUUGCUCAUUACAAACCUUGAAUAUCGUACGCGUAGAAAGAAAACCCGUGGCCAUGAAGUUCGAUAGCCUUUCAGAGAUUGAGAUAGUCGAGGCUGAUAGCCAGGGUUUGUGGAAACAUAAUAUGCUUGAUGCAUAUAGGCCUACAUGUAUACUAAACUGGUCAACCCUGUAUUGUUAUACUUUUAAGCAAAAUUAUUUUUUACACUGAGAUCUUCCAACGAAGUGGUUUGUCGAAAAGUCCUUAUUAGUUGUCAAGAAGUGCUGACCGAUGGGUUGUUAUGGUAACUGUUUUUAUGGUUACUCGCUUGCCGCUUUACGGCAUUCAAUCCUAUGAUCGUCAGCCAUAUUGAAAGAAGGAAUCCUUAUAAGAUUUUGUUGUAAACAAAACUUAAAACAUUGAAAAUAUCGCGUACAAGGUAUGGGGCACUGUUUCGGUUGUUUGUAACUGUAUUUUGGGCAUGACCCCGAACUCUAACAUAGCAAACUGUGUGGAAUUGCAAAUGAUGGAAUGUAACAGAUGUGUUGCCGUUGACGUGCCGGUGAUGGUUGGGCUUAUGAUCAGAUAUAGUCUUUACUGAGAGGCUCUCGUUAUACAGGCAUGUUCUUCAUCGGCGGCACACCGAUGAUUUUGCACACCAAUCGCAAUCAAAGGCCAAUUGCUAAAACGAUAUGGGUCAAACUUGAAACUAAGAUCCCAUUCCCACAGAUUUUAGAUCGAUUUAUCCCUGUGGGGAGUCUCACUAGAUUACUGUCAGCAUAGCCGGCUUAA